AUGGCGUGGUCUCUUAUACACGCCGGCUGGAUGCAUUACUUACUCGCCAUCGUCAACGCUCAUGAUUGGACCAUGCUCUAUGUAACAACGUUCUCCACCGAAAUAUUUUCACUGCUCAACAGCAUAAUCUACUUUCACAAAGCUGUCCAAGAGCUUCAGCGCGCCCAUAAAGCGCUCUCGUUUGCCGCUUUCCUCUACGCUGUCAUCGGUGCCAUUGGGACAAUGCUCGUUGCCAUUUUUCUUUCCACAGCCGAACGGUGGAAGCCCCUAUUCCACAAAUACAUACGUAUGGGUCUUGUUGAGUAUGCGGCCGCUAUUUCUAUCAUCGUAUUCAUUGGGAUACCGCAUGUAGGCGAAUUGGCAAAAUUGGAUAGGCAGACGCUGCAAGUCAGUGACAAUGCCUUCCAUCCUAGCGAUCCCAAGCGCUCAAGAUUUCUUGUCGAAUUUUGGCAUCUCCCUGUCUCGUGGGUCUUUGCAGCAAUUCUACCAGGUUUCAUCAUCAGUGUCCUAUUCUUCUUCGACCAUGAAGUAAGUAGUAUCAUUUGCACCAUUGGCCGUUAUGGUACGAAGAAGCCAGGUGGCUUUGCGUGGGAUAUUGUACUUCUAGGUACGACGACAGCUCUUUGUGGCAUUUUGGGCAUACCUCCUGCAAAUGGCCUCCUUCCUCAGGCUCCACUUCAUUCCGAGUCUUUGAUGCAUGACGAACAAGACGAGAUCGCCAUCGGCAGCGAAGAAGGCGAAAAGAUCGAGCUCAGGCCAGUACGGCGCGUUUAUGAACAGCGAUGGAGUGCCUUCCUACACGCAGGUGCAAUCCUGGUCUUCAUAAGCCCUCCAUUGCAACACGUUCUAGGUCUUACGCCAACAAGCGUGCUAGCAGGGCUAUUCAUGUAUAUGGGCGAGCAAAGCCUCUCUGUUAACCCCAUUCUCAAUCGUGUCUUUUACCUACUCACGCCGCCUUCCGAGCUUCCAGAUUUACCAGAGACAGUGAAGAGCUACCGCAGCGUACAUGCAUAUACUGUCACACAAAUAAUUGCGACAGUGAUUGUAUUCAUUGUCACACUCACAAAAGGCGCGCCUGCCUUUCCGCUCAUCAUUAUUGCGUGCGUCCCCGCCCGGCUCCUCAUCAUGAAUAGACUUUGGCGGCGUUCGACUUUGAGAUACGUAGACGCAUGGGCUUGUCGAGACGGCACACCAGAAGAUGACGAAGACCAAGCGGGAUCUGCGUCAAAUUUCUCACUACAAGAGCCUGUAAAGGAGGGUGAAGGCAAUGAUGUGGAGACAAUCAACGUGUGA